UGCAGUUGAGUUCGGGAAAGUUUUACAUUUGAUAAAGACCCUGCAGAAUCUCUUAUCUCCUUCAUCUCUCCCUGCCUGACUGAUUCUUGCCAGGCCUUGGUCUGUAUGUGGAUCCCAGCACCUAAGUUACAAGCCAAGCACCAAGGCAGAUCUCCAGCUGACAACGAGGCCCUGCACUCUCCAACAUGCCUGAACUCACUGAAAAAGUCAAAAAGUCACUGAAUAAAACCACCCCCGGGCUGCAGAUAUGGAGAGUGGAGAAAAUGGAGCUGGUUCCUGUGCCAGAGAACAGCCAUGGGAACUUUUUUGAAGGAGACUGCUAUGUCCUCCUUAUGACUCAUAAAACUGGAAAUAACUUCACCUAUGACAUCCAUUUCUGGGUGGGAAAUGACUCAUCAAUGGAUGAACAAGGAGCAGCUGCCAUUUAUACCAUACAGAUGGAUGAUCAUCUUGGUGGGGCGGCUAUCCAACAUCGAGAAGCUCAGGGCCAUGAGAGUGAUACCUUUAAGGGCUACUUCAAACAUGGAAUAAUUUAUAAAAGUGGUGGAGUGGCUUCUGGAAUGAACCAUGUGGAGACAAACACAUACAAUGUAAAGCGCCUUCUACACUGCAAAGGAAAGAAAAAUGUUUUGGCUGGAGAGGUGCCAGUGGAAUGGAGCAGCUUUAAUCUAGGUGAUGUCUUCCUGCUAGAUCUGGGGAAGCUGAUAAUCCAGUGGAACGGACCAGAAAGCAACAAACAAGAGAGGCUGAGGGGCAUGAAUUUGGCAAAAGAUAUUCGUGAUCGUGAACGUGGUGGCCGGUCUUACGUUGGUGUGGUAGAGGGUGACAAUGAGGAACAGUCCCCUCAGCUAAUGGCCAUCAUGAACUAUGUACUGGGAGAGAGGACGCAGAUUAGGGCAUCCAUCGUUGACGAAGUGGUGGACCAGGUAGCAAAAUCCUCCAUCAAGCUCUUUCAAGUAUCAGACAACAGUGGCAACUUGAUGGUACAAGAGGUGGCCACCCAACCUCUGACCCAAGAUCUGCUGAAACACGAUGACUGCUACAUCUUGGACCAGGCUGGCUCAAAGAUUUUUGUUUGGAAGGGAAAAAAUGCCUCUAAGGAAGAGAAGCAACAGGCUAUGACCCGGGCUUUGAAUUUUAUUAGAGCAAAGAACUAUUCCCCAUCCACUAAUGUUGAGGUUGAGAAUGAUGGUUCAGAAUCUGCUGUGUUUAAGCAGGUCUUCCAGAAAUGGACCACAAAGGAUCAAACCUCUGGGCUUGGAAAGACGAGUACUGUUGGUAAAGUAGCCAAAGUGGAACAGGUGAAGUUCGAUGUGAACACAAUGCACGCAAAGCCUGAGGUUGCUGCACAGCAGAAGAUGGUGGAUGACGGAUCUGGAGAAGCAGAGGUAUGGAGAAUAGAGAACUUGGAACGGGCUCCAGUGGAGAAGCAAUACCUGGGCCAUUUCUAUGGUGGGGAUUGUUACCUGAUACUGUACAAAUAUCUGGUUAACAACAAAUACCACUACAUACUCUACAUGUGGCAGGGCCGCCAUGCAAGCCAAGAUGAGAUCACUGCCUCUGCUUACCAGGCCGUGAUACUGGACCAAGAGUACGGUGGGCAACCAGUCCAAGUUCGGGUGCAAAUGGGAAAAGAACCUGCACAUCUCAUGGCAAUCUUUAAGGGGAAAAUGGUGGUCUAUGAGGGCGGUACCUCCCGGGCUGACAGCUCAGAGAUCCCAGCAGACAUCCGACUCUUCCAAGUGCAUGGGGCCAAUGAAUUCAGCACCAAGGCCUUUGAAGUACCUGUCCGAGCCUCUUCUCUGAACUCCAACGAUGUGUUUGUGCUGAAGACUAAAGGGACCUGCUACCUCUGGUGUGGAAAAGGCUGUAGCGGAGAUGAGAGAACCAUGGCCAAGAACGUGGCAGAUAUUAUCUCCAGAGGGGAGAAAGUUGUGGUAGCAGAGGGCCAGGAACCAUCAGACUUCUGGCUGGCUUUAGGUGGGAAGUCUCAGUAUGCCAGCAAUAAAAGACUGCAGGAAGAAACUCUGGACAUUACUCCAAGGCUCUUUGAGUGCUCCAACAAGACUGGAAGAUUUGUUGCAACAGAGAUCUCAGAUUUCAACCAAGAUGACCUGGAUGAAGAUGAUGUUUUCCUGCUGGAUGCGUGGGAUCAGGUUUUCAUGUGGAUUGGGAAAAGUGCUCACGAGACAGAGAAAAAAGAAGCCGCUUUGACUGCACAAGAGUAUUUAAAGAGUCAUCCUGGUAACAGGGAUAUCAACACCCCAAUCAUUAUUGUGAAACAAGAUUAUGAGCCCCCUACCUUCACCGGUUGGUUCUUGGCUUGGGACCCAUUCAAAUGGGAGAAUAUGAAAUCCUACAAUGAUCUGAAAUCGGAACUGGGAGACACCAGCACUUUCGAGCAGAUUUCUUUGGAAAUAACAACACAGCAAUUUACCGCUCAGACCCAAAUUAGCACUCCAUCUUACCAAACAUACCCAUCUGAGAUGCUAGUGAACAAAACACCCGACGAGCUGCCCCCUGGUGUGGAUACUACUAGAAAAGAGGAGUACCUGUCUACUGAUGAGUUCAGAAUAAUAUUUGGGAUGACGCGCUCUGAAUUCCAAGCGCUCCCUGAAUGGAGAAAGCAAAAUAUCAAGAAAACAAAAGGACUUUUCUGAUUAGCACACAACACAGAUCGAGAUUUCUGUCCUGCAUAUACAUACUGCAGUUUGCUCUGAAGAAAAUAUUAAUGUCCCUUUAGUGCAGAAACAUCCAAUAGAGCAGCUUGUAAGGUACUCAGAUGUAAUUCCAAUAUUUUUAUAAAUAAAUGCAAAUAAACCUUACUGUUAGAAACAAAA